ACAGCCUAUAAAUAUGGAUAACAGGUGUCAUUGUGCAACCAACAGCGACAUGCUUUCGAAUCCAAUCCUCUACAACAUCCUCAGCCAAAUGGAUAACAGCAAACCAAGCCAAAACGGCUUCAACUACAAUUCAAUGGCUCAUAGAUGCAACUGUGAGCUGCGACGGACCGUGUGCUUGAAAAGGCCAUCUGAGAUCUGCAAGGAAGCAUCAGCAGUUCUGGUCAAAACUGUCCAUUUCAUGAAGAACUUACCUGCUUUCAACCAGAUGCCAACAAACGACCAGUUCUCACUCCUCAAAAGCUGCUGGGCGCCGCUCUUUAUUUUGGGUCUGGCCCAGGAGCACGUGGACUUCGAGGUGACGGACACGCCCGCUGACAGCAUGCUGAAAAAGAUUCUCCUAAAUCGUCAGGAGAGAUGUGAGAUGGAGAGGGAGCCGCCCAUCAUGGCCGGUGUCAGCAAACUCCAGUCCUGCCUCAAAAAGUUCUGGAGUUUGGAUUUGAGUCCAAAGGAGUACGCAUACCUCAAAGGGAUCACAAUAUUUAAUCCAGAUGUCCCAGAUUUAAAGGCAGCUCUGUUUGUUGAAGGCUUACAACAGGAGGCUCAGCACGCCCUCAGCGAGGUGGUCCAGCUCCUUCACCCAGGGAACCAGGGGCGCUUUGCUCGAAUCCUCCUCACAGCCUCCAUGCUGCAGAGCAUCACACCGAGCCUCAUUGCUGAACUCUUCUUCCGGCCCGUGACGGGCCAGGCGGAUAUGCUGGAGCUGUUGGUCGACAUGCUCUUCUGCAGAUAGAAGAGGACCGGUGGACUCUGUGUGCUAUAACUGUCCCGGAGAAGGUGGAAUCCAAUGAUUUUCACUGUGGUGAUGCAGAACUUAUCGUUGACCAACGCAAGCAAUGUGUUCCUCAUGAUAUGGAGGAAUGCCUGACAGUGGACUGCUAAAGAAAAAAAACACUUACAAUAGCCAAUAAAAACUGUGGCAAUUGGUGAACAAGAGACUGUGAAUUACUUAUAUUCACGUUGAAGCUCAGGUCUGAAAAUCUUGAAAGAUUUGACUUUUAACACAUAAACAGAGACUGUGCCCACUUUAAAUAUACUGUCUCUUAUGUUGAAGGUAUUUUCUGUUUGCUUCAAUGUUGUAAAUAAAUGCUGCAAUACCAGAACAUUUCAAAUAAAUAUAUUUUUGUACA